AUGAGUGCAAGUAUAGGUGGCCCAGAAUGCACAAAGUUGAAGAAGGAGUACGAUGAGUGCUUCAACGACUGGUACACGAACCAGUUUCUAGCGGGCAAAUCCAACUUGAAUGAGUGUGAGGACUUGUUUAUUGAUUACAAGGCGUGUGUACAGAAGGCGAUGGCGGAGAAGCAGAUUCUACCUUUGUUGGAGCAAGCGAGACGGGAGGCGCCGUUUGAGGAUGGCGGCAGGUGGAAGUCAAAGUAG